AGAUCAAAUGGUCUGCAGGCGCCUGCAUGGUUGGUCCAGUGUUCCAGUCCAUGUUUUGGCAUUCUCUCAUGCCUGGCGUGUUUCUCUGCGAGAGAAGCCGAGUCUUGUUUACAGCGGUGAUUCUACUGAGCGGAGACCGUCAGAAGAGUCGCUGAGGAGUCCGAACGCCGCCGUGGAGACUCGAGAAUCAAACACUAGCCUCUCAAGCUAUUUAUACCAAGCAAGCAGUUCGUGAUUUUUUACGUUGCGGAAAACCAAAAACCCACGCUCCGGAGCUGCUCACUCUUGCACCUCGAUAAAAUGUGUUUUCUUUUCCUACCGCAAAACCGACCGACCGUGAGAGCGCGUGAAGACGGUAGGGGAGGGUGAGCAGUUGGUGAAACCAUUUUUGUCCUGGCGGAUAUUUUGGAUCGAGCGCUGUCGGGAGGCUUUCAUUCAUACAGAAAUACGCUAUCUGAGUCGUCAAGCUCUUUGAACGUGACCUCAAAAUUCCUCCGUACAUCAGUAUAGCGUAAUUCAUCACACUGGCAUAGGCACAUUCGCAUAAGGUGGUUUUGUUGGAGGAGAAACCGCUCGUUUCGCUGGCUGUGCUGCGCGUCCUGUCGGGUUUUCAAGAAAUGGAGGCAGAAGAUGCAGAUUAUCGGUUGAGUGAAAUUCGUGGCUCUGACACGAUUAAAUCACUUAAUUGCUGGCGAGAAUAACAGAAUGUUUUAAUUGAUCUUAAUGUUUCCAUUAAAGGAAAAUUCUACAAUUAAUACCAGACAUUUUUAUCUACUCGACCCUCCCCUCGCCUCCCGUUAUCUUACCGGGUAAAGGAACUAUCUGCUCAUCCAAAGCGGAUUCUUCUGGACUUUUUGCUUGCUUACAAGAAGCGACGUCGCGUUUUGCUGCGGUUUCAGCUUUUUUAUUUUUUGGAAAACUGAUUUUUAGGAAUGAGAUCUGGAACAGCGAGGGAUGUUUGGACCUUAUUUUGGGGUCCUGUGCUGUUUCUUUCCACCAUCUGCCCGUGGUCUGCGCAUGGAGAAGUCUGUGGUCCUCACAUUGAUAUCCGCAAUGACAUCAGUGAGUUCAAGAAGCUGGAGAACUGCACGGUGGUGGAAGGCUACCUUCAGAUCCUCCUCAUUGGAGACAAGAACAACAACCUCAACCAGGAGCACUUUCGUACCCUGUCCUUCCCCAAGUUGACCAUGGUCACCGACUACCUUCUCCUGUUCCGAGUCUCCGGCCUGGAUAGCCUCAGCAUGCUCUUCCCCAACCUCAAUGUCAUCCAAGGACGCAAACUGUUCUACAACUACGCCCUGGUCAUCUUUGAAAUGACCAGCCUGAAAGAUAUUGGCCUCUAUAACCUGAGGAACAUCACCAGAGGCGCUAUCAGAAUCGAAAAGAACCCGGAGCUGUGCUACUUGGACUCGGUGGACUGGUCACUCAUUAUGGAUGCAGAGUUUAACAACUACAUCGCUGGGAACAAGCCGUCCAAAGAAUGCGGUGAUGUUUGUCCAGGUAUCAUGGAUGAUAGAACCCAGUGCAUUAGGACCAGCUUCAAUGACAACUACAGCCACCGCUGCUGGACCUCCAACCACUGCCAGAAUGUGUGUCCAAAGAAGUGUGAGAAAAGGGCGUGCACGAAUAAGGCUCACCCCAAGUGCUGUCACCCCCAGUGUCUGGGCAGCUGCACUGAACCAGACAACGAUAAGGCAUGUGCCGCCUGCCAGCAUUACUUUCACGAGGACCGCUGCGUUGAGGCCUGCCCGCCGGGCACGUACAAGUUUGAAGGUUGGCGUUGCAUCACCAUGGACAUGUGUGCCCGUGUUCACCUACCCAGUGAGGUCGACUUUGUCAUCCACAAUGGAGAGUGUAUGCCGGACUGCCCUCCCGGAUUCACCCGAAAUGACACUCAGAGUAUGUUUUGUAGUGCAUGUGACGGACUGUGCGAUAAGGUCUGCGAAUCUAAAACAAUUGACUCGGUGGAUGCUGCUCAGUCCCUGCAGGGCUGCACGGUCAUCAAAGGCAACCUGCACAUCAACAUCCGGCGGGGCACUAACAUUGCAUCAGAGCUGGAGAGUUUCAUGGGCCUGAUCCAGACAGUGACUGGAUAUGUAAAGAUCAAACACUCACACACUCUGGGCUCUCUGUCCUUCCUCAAGAGCCUGCGAUACAUUCAUGGAGAAGAGCUCACGGAGCAGUUGUAUGCAUUCUCUGCAGUGGACAACCAGCACUUGCAGUAUCUGUGGGACUGGAAUCAGCACAAUCUGACCAUUGGAGCUGGAAAAUUGUUCUUCCGUUUCAAUCCCAAGCUUUGCAUGUCUGAGAUCCAGAAAAUGUGGGAGAAGACUGGUGUUAAGGAAAAGAUGGAAGAGGACGAUGCUCGUAGCAAUGGAGAACGAGCAAGUUGUGAGAGUUAUAUUCUUAAGUUCAAAUCCAACCACACUCAGAGUACUCGGAUAAAGCUCACUUGGGAGCGAUAUCGACCGCCUGACUACAGAGACCUCAUCAGCUUCAUCGUGUAUUACAAGGAGGCACCAUUCCAGAACAUCACAGAAUUCGAUGGACAAGAUGGAUGUGGUUCUAAUAGCUGGAACAUGGUGGAUGUAGACCUUCCUCAGGACAAAUCGGCAGACCCAGGGGUAUUGUUGUCCCCUCUUAAACCCUGGACACAAUAUGCCAUCUUUGUGAAAGCUGUCACCCUGGUUGUAGAGGACAAGCACAUUCUGGGGGUUAAGAGUGAGGUGGUCUAUAUCCGCACUAAUGCAUCAGCGCCGUCAAUGCCCCUCGAUGCCCGCGCAUAUGCCAACUCCUCCUCAUCCCUGAUGGCGAAGUGGUCUCCUCCCAUCUCUCCCAACGGAAACAAAACCUUCUACCUGCUCCGUUGGCAGCAGCAGGCAGAAGACCGUGAACUUUACCAGCAUAACUACUGCUCUAAAGAGCUAAAAAUUCCCAUCCGCAUCUCAGCCACGGCUUUGUCGGACAUUGAGGGCGAAACAAAGCCCACCAAAUCAGAUGUUGGCGGGGGUGAGAAGGGCUGCUGCCCCUGCCCAAAAACCAAGGAGGACCUAAAGGCGGAAGCUGAAGACCGAUCUUACCGAAAAGUCUUCGAGAACUUCCUGCACAACUCCAUCUUCACACCCAGACCUCCUGACAGGAAGCGGCGAGACCUGUUUGGAGUGGCCAAUGGCACACUGCUGCAGAGUGCAAGCAGGAACAACACAGGAAUGAAGAGUAACAUCACUGACCCAAAGCUGCAUGAGAAAGAGUACCCUUUCUCCGAGGACAAAGUCUAUACAGAGUUCAUGGAGAUAUCCAACCUGCAGCCCUUCACAGUGUACCGCAUCGACAUCCACGCCUGUAACUAUGAGAUCCACCGUUGCAGUGCGGCAGCUUUUGUGUUCUCUAGAACCAAACCAGCAGACAAAGCGGAUGAUAUUCCCGGCACUGUAACUCAGGAGAGGGAUGAGAGGGGAGAAGGAACAGUGCUGCUGCGGUGGCCUGAACCUCAUCACCCUAAUGGACUGAUCCUCAUGUAUGAGAUCAAAUAUCGCCUGGGAACUGAGCCCGAGAAGCAUGAGUGUGUAUCACGGCAGCAGUACAGAGUGCUGCGAGGAGCUCAGCUUAGCAAUUUGCCCUCUGGAAAUUAUUCUGCCCGGGUCAGAGCAACAUCUUUGGCUGGGAAUGGGUCUUGGACUGAACCAGUGUCCUUCUAUGUGCCACCCCCUAAAAGAAAUUAUGAUAAUGCCUUCUAUCUGGCCAUCAUUAUUCCUGUUACAGUGCUACUGUUGCUCACUGCAGUGAUCUCCGUUGUCGUCUUUGUCACCAAAAAGAGGAAUAGUGACAGGUUAGGAAAUGGUGUGCUAUAUGCUUCUGUAAACCCUGAAUACUUCAGUCCUUUUGAAAUGUAUGUACCAGAUGAAUGGGAAGUGGCUCGGGAGAAAAUCACUAUGUGUCGUGAGCUGGGUCAGGGCUCCUUUGGUAUGGUGUAUGAGGGCAUCGCAAAGGGCGUCGUCAAAGAUGAACCUGAGACCAGAGUGGCCAUCAAGACUGUAAAUGAAUCCGCCAGUAUGCGUGAACGCAUCGAGUUCUUGAACGAAGCUUCAGUUAUGAAGGAGUUCAACUGUCACCAUGUGGUGCGACUUUUGGGUGUGGUUUCACAAGGCCAGCCCACUCUAGUUAUAAUGGAGCUGAUGACACGGGGUGAUCUGAAGAGCUACUUGCGUUCUCUCCGUUCCAAAGAGCAGGGCUCUAGCAGCCAGUCGUUGCCUCCGCUGAAGAAGAUGAUUCAGAUGGCUGGUGAGAUAGCAGAUGGGAUGGCAUACCUCAAUGCCAACAAGUUUGUCCAUCGGGACCUGGCUGCUAGAAACGGCAUGGUUGCUGAUGACUUCACAGUUAAAAUCGGAGACUUUGGCAUGACAAGAGACAUCUACGAGACUGAUUACUAUCGCAAAGGAGGCAAAGGGCUGCUGCCAGUGCGCUGGAUGUCACCGGAGUCUUUGAAAGAUGGAGUGUUCACAACAAAUUCUGAUGUCUGGUCGUUCGGCGUGGUUUUAUGGGAGAUUGCCACUUUAGCUGAGCAGCCAUACCAGGGCAUGUCCAAUGAGCAGGUACUGCGCUUCGUCAUGGAGGGAGGACUUCUGGAUAAACCGGACAACUGUCCCGACAUGCUGUUUGAAUUGAUGAGGAUGUGCUGGCAGUACAACCCUAAGAUGCGACCGUCUUUUCUAGAGAUCAUCAACAGCAUAAAAGUAGAACUGGAGCCGCCCUUCCGGGAGGUUAGCUUUUUCUACAGUGAGGAGAACAAACCACCCGACACUGAGGAACUGGACAUGGAGGUGGAGAAUAUGGAGAACGUUCCACUGGAUCCUGCUUCUAUGAUGGCCCCCUCCUCUCAGGGGAGCACAGGGGCUCAGACACAUAGUCCACAGCCACUCUCCCCAGCUCAGGGGCCAGGGACACCGAUGGGGUCUGCCCUGACCCCCUCCACCUCACCGCCCUCCUCCUCAGCCUCUCCGGGCCUGGCCUUAGACAAGCACUCAGGACAGGUAGCAGCAAACGGGCCAGUGGUGGUGCUGGGGCCGGCGUUCAACGAGACGCAGCCCUACGCACACAUGAACGGAGGGAGGAAGAACGAGCGAGCGCUGCCACUGCCUCAAUCCUCGGCCUGCUGAUCAUGACUGCUCAGUCUCCCUCUACUCCUCACACAGGGUACCCACAUUUCCCUCACCCUUUUGUGUAUGUGGUUAUGUUUCUUUCGUUCUCGAGGCAUCAAAACCCAGGGUUGACCGUGGUGACGAUAACCAGUUGGACUGUGUCCUGUCUGGAUGGAUCAUUUUGGAUCAUUUUGUUCAAAUGAUUUUGAAUGACGGAGGAUGUUUAGGGUGAUUGGUGACUACAAACCUACAAGAACUCUUGCAAUAUUUAAGAUUUCAGAACAAACCACCACACUAGAGAGCCCUGGCUUUCACUUGUGUGAAAAAAACUGUUUUAAUGUUUCCAAAUGAAGAAAACCUGCCAGUUCAUUGUGAAACAAGAGAGACAAGCAUAUUAGCCAGCAAGCCCAGCCCGUGAACACUUUCAGGGUGCAUACGAGAAAAAAAUUACACAUUCCCCUCCUCAGCGCAAGUACUUUUCUUCAACUAAAACUAGAAACUGUCUUUGUCAUCACAUUUCUCUUUCAAGAUGCUGCAGAAACUUUCUUAGCUGCGAUCGCUUGUUCUCAAUCAGUGAUUGGUCACAUUACUGGUUGAUCCACCCUUCUACUUAAACCAUUUCAAGGGUGUUUGUUAGAGAGUGAGGUGGGCUUUUUUGGAACUGCCAAAUUUUUUGCCAAAGCAAAUGUUCUUUUUUUAUAAUAAUAAAAAAAAAAGUUAUUUAUCAUUACCUAACCCUCUAUUCAUAGCCGAUUUUUCGAGGUUGCACUUUAAAGUAGCGCAAUCAAGGGACUAAACUCUCAUACUGUCUUUUAUGGGGGAUUUCUGGACCUCAUCUUUUACAAUCAGCUUGAGUUUGUAAAUCUUUCCCCUUUCUCCCUUUUAUAUGGCUCUCAUCUCCGACUAUUGCAUUGCAGUUCCUGCUGAACCCACCAUCUGUGAGCUGAGCCUCUGUGAGAGCAAUCUCUCAAGUCGAAAGAAAAGAUCGCGGCACUAAUCACAAAGGUGAAGAGAUUGGUGCGCUGCAGAGAGGUGAUAUGAAUUAUAAGGGAUUGGCUCGAUCAUGAAGCAAACUGAAAACAGGGGCUUCAUUUGUUUCGACAUCUGUUUUGAGAGAUGAGCGAGGCAUUGUACACAGCAGGUAUUUUUUUAGACUAGUCAUUAGUCUCUCUGUAUAAUUCAUAUGAUUCUAAGAAGGGUCUUACAGUUCUAUGUUAGACCACAAGAUCAUUUACACACAAAUCAUUGGUUUAAGUCACUUUUAAUAACUUUUUUACAGUUCUGAUGUUCACCUCUUUGUCUGUACAGAAAGAAGCUGCUAUUUUUUUUCUUUUGUGGGUGUUUU